AUUCCUUCGUCAACUCACAAGAAUGGACCCUGUCCAGAGGGGUACCAGACCUCCGUUUGGGUAUUGUGGGCUCUCUCUCCUCGGGCAAAUCAGCCUUGGUGCACAGGUACCUGACGGGCUCCUACAUGCAGGAGGAAUCUCCGGAGGGCGGGAGGUUCAAGAAGGAGAUCGUUCUAGAGGGGCAGUCCACCUACCUGCUCCUCAUCAGAGAUGAAGGUGGACCUCCUGAGUUGCAGUUCACGGCGUGGGUCGACGCCGUCAUCUUCGUGUUCAGCCUGGAGAACGAGUCGUCCUUCAACGCCAUCUACAACUACUACGCCAAGAUGGCCCACUACCGAAAUACGGCGGAGGUGCCGCUCAUACUCGUUGGGACUCAAGAUGGCAUAAGUGAAAACAACCCCAGAGUCAUAGACGAUGGGAGAGCGAGGAAACUGGCCUCCGAUCUCAAGAGAUGUUCGUAUUAUGAAACCUGCGCCACUUACGGUCUCAACGUGGAGAGGGUCUUUCACGAUGCUUGUUCCAAAAUUGUGGCGCAAAGGUUAAGUCAGCAAGGCGUAACUCCCAACAACUCCAGACCGGGAACCCCAACCCACCUGCUACGUUAUCCUUCUUCCAACAAUGGCUACCCAGCCUCCUCGUAUUCUAUAUCCGGUCCCCUAACUCCUCAGAUCACCACCACUGGCCAGCAGGUCACACCCAUAUCUGGGACGUCUCCCAGUCAUGUUUUGUCUAAUACGAUUUCCAAGGAUGCAACUCUCAGAUCUGGUCAUCACGGCAGUGGGGCAGAGCUGACGGGCAUGACCAGGACAGAUUCGUUUCGCGACGAUGGGUUCAAACGGGUAAGCGCGCCGGGUGCCGUUACCACAGCCCCCUUCAUAGCACCACCUCCCCCGCCUUCUGCGGCAGCUCCACCACCGCCUUCCGCAAACAUCAUGGAUGCUCUUCCGACCCCUCGCGAGAACAAGGACCUCCCAACUCCCAGUUCGACGCCAACGACCACCAGGAAGAGCAGGAGAAAAUCGAAUUUGUUCACCCCGUCGAAGAAGAGCGACGAGAAGGACAAGUCCAAGAAUGGAGAAGUUGGGAGUGGGAGGUCGAUCCCUAUAAAACAGGGUUAUUUAUACAAGAAGUCCAACAAAGCUCUAAAUAAGGACUGGAAGAAGAAGUAUGUCACCCUCUGUGAUACAGGAAGGCUCACCUAUCAUUCUAGUCUUCACGAUUACAUGGAAGAUGUUCACGGAAAGGAGAUCUCUCUGCAAUACACGACCGUCAAGGUUCCUGGAAUGAAGCCCAGGGGAUCGAAGGUGGUCGGUGCUGGAGGAGAACAGUUGAAUUCGGACAUGCAGACUCUCUCCUUAGCUUCUUCUACGCCUGGCCCUCCUCUCUCAGCCAGAACCUCCCUGGGUGGAACCUUACAGUCAAAUAAAGAUAAGGUUACUCUCAUGUCGUACGAGACGCUCAAUGACCCAGCAGGAAUGAAUGGACUGGACUCAUCAAGCAUCUCCUCGAAAAUUGAGACUCCUAACGUCAAGAAAAGACACAGAAGAAUGAAGAGCAGUGGAAAUAAAAAUGCUGAAUGUGAAGAUUCAGAAGGGUACGAGUUUAGCCUUGUUUCAUUAGACAAUAAACAGUGGCUUUUUGAAGCCGUCAGUCAAGAGGAGAGGGAUGAGUGGGUGACGGCCAUUGAACAGCAGAUUCUGUCGUCCUUACAGGGGAACGAAUCCAAUAAAAGCAAAGCGAGACAGACGCUCUCCAUUGACCCUCAGACAAUUUUAGCCAUUAAAAACCAGGUUCCUGGGAACACGAACUGUGUAGAUUGUGAUGCUCCAAAUCCAGAGUGGGCUAGUAUCAACCUGGGAGUGUUGAUGUGCAUUGAAUGUUCUGGUAUUCACAGAAACCUUGGCUCUCACAUUUCUAAAGUGCGGUCUUUGGAUCUUGAUGAAUGGCCGCCUGGACCAUUAGCCGUCAUGAUGUCGUUGGGUAACGAAUUGGUGAAUGCAACGUGGGAGGCAAACUUACGUGGUCAGACGAAACCAAAUCCACGUUCUAGUCGUGAAGAAAAAGAAAGGUGGAUAAGAGCUAAAUAUGAAUUGAAAGAAUUUAUUGCUCUUCCACAAUCAGGAAUCUCCAUACAAGAACAACUUGUUGACUGUGUCUGCCGGGGAGACGUGCAGAGAUUAUCAGCCUUAUUGCCCCAUGCUGGAGAGGCAGUCAACAGCCCCAUAGCACCUCAUCGUGACUUGAGAACCCCUCUUCACCUUGCAGCUGCUGUUCCAUCUCUGCCUUGUGUUCAGCUCUUAUUAUGGUAUAAUGCUAAUGUCAAGACCUGUGAUGCUGAGGGAAGAUCGUGUCUUUUCUACGCCCGUAGUGCGGGAGACAAAGAAGUCAUUGACCUUCUAAUACAAAAUGGCUGCCCGUCGGACGGGAGCGGCGUCGCUGGACACCCCAAGCCUCCUCUGACUCCCCACACUCCCCUGGGUGGGCCCUCCCUGUCCUCUCAUUCGACUUCAACACUGCCACUUACCUCACAACCUUCCACGUUACCUCGGCGGAAAGGGUCCAUAAGUCGCAAACCAGAAAUACUAGAUAAACUACAAGCUAGUGUCAUAUAAAUACUAUUUAUAUUCAAGAAUAAUGUUAUUGAAAUUAUAUUUCACCCCCUCCCCUUCCUUAUUGUAAGGCAUGGUUGUAUAUAUAUAAAUAUAUAUAUAUAAAAUAUAUAUAUAGAUAUAUUAUAAACAAAUCCAUAUACAUAAAAGAAUGUACCAAAGGCUGAAUGCGAGUGAGAAUUAUUAGAUUUUAUGUAGGGAUGGAAUGAUUGUUAACCAGAUUAAAAUAGGAGGACCGUGCAAACCGAAGGCAAGGGUAUCUCUCUGUGGAACCUUCUUUGCACUGUAUGAACAUAACUUUAUAUAGAUAUAUAUUACCUGUACAGCAAUUUUUUUUAUUUAGUACAAUUAUAAACAUUUAUUUAUACAGAUAAAGUAUAGCUCUUUAUUUUCAGUCAGCAUAGUCCUUCUUUUUUUUAAAAUUUGGAUUGCACUUCCUUCUAUUAUAAUUUGCUGAAUAUCCUGCUCAAGACAGAAGUGGAUCAAGCCAAAGUUUAUGUACUGUACAUCCCUUUAGUUGUAGUUAUAGUUGUAGUAGCCAUAGUUGUAAUCAAGAGCUCAAGUAAUUGUGGCAAGGCUCGAGACGUCUUUUUGAUACACAUGCCCGCACUGCAUGAACUCCGGACGGAGUAGGGUUCGACAGGAGUCCAGGCACUCGAGUCUCUGUAAGUCAUCGGUGAAGGUAGCUGGAUUGUCAUCCUUUGGAGGAGAGGUAUGGUUUAUGUACAGUAUGUGUUUGCAUCAACAACAUCGCAUCAGCGGUGAAAUGCCAGAAGAGGAAGCUUUGGCAGAUUUGGCGCUGGUGUGGUGUUCUUUACUUUGCUUGUAGCGUAUAAGCAUUGGAGAACAUUUGUGUACAAAUCUUGUUUCUGAAUUCAUCAUCAUAGUCAUUGUAUAUUUGUAAAUAUAAAGUGAAUGUUUAUAAGUUCUUCUUCCGUAGAUUUGUGUUACUUAGUCUUCAAAAUGCUACUCUUUUUAUUGUGGCCUAAGAGUAGGAGACAUUUUACACUCGAGCCUUUUAUAUAUUAUGACGUAACCUCCUCUGUGUCUCUAUACACCCUCACAAUUACAGUCAGUGGCACUUAUUGAUGCAUUAAGUGUUGACCAGAAAUUAUAAAUCUUUUCAGUGUUUACUGUCUUCAUUUUCUGGUUUCUUCAAAUGCCUAGUAAUUUGAAUUGGAAGUGAGUGUAAGGUACAAUUGAUUACACCUGUAUAUGAGGCACCAGAAUGCAUUGAGUAGUCACCGAACCUGGAUUACGGUAGUUAAGAAAUUAACAAAAGGUGUAGAUAUUAUUUUUGCCCUCCCUUUUGCUAUGUAACUAUUUUGAUAAAAAGUUUGUCUGCAUCAUCUCAAGGGUUACUGAAGAUAUUGUUUAAUUUUAAUUUUUCUCUUGCCUGUCAUCCGCCUGCCUUGACCCUGUUUUCUGUUGGCGUAUAUAUACUCAAGCCUUAAGUCCAAAGUCCUUUCCAUAUCUUGCAUUGAGGCAGUGGCCUACCAGGCUGUAAAUCACAAGAUAAGUUUGUUAGUUGCUGUACGUUAAACCCAAUUCUUCCUCUUAUUCAAAUUAAAGUUCAUUCAUGGUCACCUAGAUUACUGCUUUUUUGGAAUAAUUACAACAGCAUUAGCAAAACAGUGACUAGUAGUGUGACAUUAACUCAUACUGUAAUCUCAGUAGUCUAUCUUUGAGUUGCACUUAUUUUCUAUUUAAACUGCCUAAUUUUUUUGGUAGGGUUUUGGAGACUUGGCAGCUCUUAUUCUGCAAUUUCUGACUAAAAUACACUCGAGAAGGUGCUUAACUAAUAAUAGACAUUGGUAGUUUAAAGAAUGUAGAGGCAAUGAUUAAUGAAAUGAGCUUACUUAAACGUUCGGACAUUUUUUUUUUCAAUUUUAUCAUUCAUAGUGGGCCAACAUAGGACUGGUGAUGUAUUUCCAAUUUUAUUGUCAUAGUUUGUUGCCAAGGAAGAUUUGUUCAAGUACUUGUAUGAGUUAUUGUGUGUAUGAUGAACAUAUAUACUUUUCAGGGGUGAGAAUAUUCUUAUGGUGUCAACAUAUUUAUCAUAAUGCAGUUUUGUUUAUUCAUGCUUAUAUUUUGAUUGGCAGAUAUGGUAGCUUCUAACUUUAACUCGGGAGACGUGGUGAUUUAUCAUGGUUAUUAUCAUCCAGUCCUGCAAAUGAUAUUUUGAAGUAUAUUUACUUUUUAUUAAUACAUUUAUUUUUCAGAAUAAUUUUUAUGAAUACAUUAGCUCAUAAAUGCUUUAAUGAAAAAGUUAACAGCUUUGGAUCCUGAAAUACUUCAAAGAUAACAAUUAUCAUAUACGUAUAGGCAUGAGGGAUCUCUGUUGCAAAUAACAAACAGUAGGAAGCAGUAGUGCUCAGGUAUUUAUAUCAUCAGCUAAUGUACACACACCUUCAUUUUAAGUAACCUGAUCUUUUAGUUUUAACAUUUUAUAUCUUUUUCCUUCUCUCUUUCUUCAGAAUUACAUCAUGUUUUUGUUUGCAAAACUGUUGCAGCUGCUGUUUGCAUUCUUGACUGUUAUUCGAGGUGACAAAAUAGUUACAAAGUGUAGCCAAUACGAUGCUAUAGGACGAGCUGUAAUUGCUGUGUUUUGCGGUCAUUAGCUGCAGGUACUCAUCUUUCUCAAAAUACUCUCUUUUUUUUAUUAUUAUUUUUUUCAUUUGUUGUUGUUGAUUAGCACAGUAUUCUGUUACGCAUAUUUUCUAUAAGUUGCAGCUCUGUAUAUUCCUGGGAAUUGCAGAUGAGGAGUGCAGUUUGAUGUGUAAUGUCAGUUUAUUUAUAAUUUGGGAAUUUAUAUAAAACCUGCUGUUAAUGUUUUAAAGAUUACCCCCUGUAUUAAAAGUCCUUUACAUUUUUGAUUUAUCAAAAUUACAUUUAAAAUUACCUUAGGUUAUUUUGCUUUUGUAUUUGCAGAAAUUAUACUUUAAAUGAACUUGUUUUGCAAAAUAAUUUAGUACAUUUCGCAGUACUGUACAGCUAAGUGUACUUCCAGGCCAAUUUUGGGACGAGUAUGAUCUUUCAAGCACUUGUAUUUACUUUGAGAAACAAUGUUUAGUAAAAUACUCUUCCCUUUCAUUGUAGUACUGACUGUAUUAAGCUAAACACAUACUAUAGAACACAAUUUGUAUGUGAACAAGUGUGUGAUAUAAAUAAUUUGGUAAUUAUUCGUACGUGUUAAAUUUAGAGUUUACAAGUUCUUUGUGGAAAUUUUUUCUACUUUGUUUAAUAUAGUGUGAUGAAUUUGUAUAAAGGUGGGUCUAAUGAGGUAUAAACCCCAGCAGCUAAUGUAAUAAUAUGCCUUUGAAGUUUAUUAUUCCCAGGAAUUAAAAUCUUAUUCAUAUUUACAAAAUGAAAGUUCAACAUUGGUAAAAAAUUUGUUUUGAAAUCCAUAUAAGCUUGGAUGCCUUUGCUGAUUAUUAUAUAUAUAUUUUUUUUUAUUAAUGAAAGACAAGUGGACACAUGGACGCAAAUUCCUUAAAUGGUAACUGGUAUUUAUUUUAAAUUUAUCAAUAAAGGAAAUGUUAAUA